AUGCCGGAAUCAUGCCACGUCAAUAGCCGGCCGCCACAUCAGCAUGUCGCCAUGUGGCAGCCCUGCCCCCUAUCUUGCUGUUAAUUAUGCUGCCAUUUUUUUCCCUUUUUUUUUGGGUAUCAAUGUAAGAAUAUUCAUAUGAUCCUGGAAACCAAAAAAGGGUCUCUUUUAUGCCAUUUUUUUCAUUGAAAACAAAUUAUUUCAUUUAAUUUUUAGUGAAAUUAAACUGCAAGCCGCCGAUGGCCUCUUCUCUUUGCGCAGAAGCAGAUCCAGCCAUGCCACUUGAGAUGGAGCUGGGUUGCCACAUCAGCGAGUACCCAUGUGGCAGACUCUCUGAUUCGAUAGGCCCAGUGUUGACGUGGCACAAAAUGUGGCAUCUGCAAGCAUCCCCUCUUCGGCCUCUCCACGUCAUGGCCUGGCCCACGAUGCUGCAUGGCCGGCCCGGGCCCGGGCUCCCUCAAAAUCCCACCUAUGUAGGCUCCAGCCCAUUUCCUCCCUCUCUCUCUCUCUCUCUAGAAAUAUGUAUAAUCCUGGGCUCGGGUGGGCUUGAUCGCGCUGGGGCCCGAGCCCGUUAGGCUCCCCUUGGUACUGAUGAUGUGGCAUCCAGGGUUCUGAAAAAAUGUAGUAGCUGUUAGAGGAUAUAUCCGUAAAAGAACAAACCAAUAUGCAGUCCGGUCGACCUUACGAUUUCCCCCAGGAGACGAUUGAUGGCGUCACCUGAGCCUCCGUCUGAAGUCGCCACGUACCCUUCCUUACGUGGCGCCACCUCACCGGCGGCCGACGUACGGAUCCAGCCGCCGUGGAGGCGAGGGCCGCUGACGACGGCGUCCGGAACCACCUGGCAGCUACCGGGUGCACGACCCAGAAACCGACACGUGUCGCCGCAGAGCGACGCCGCCGCCUCCCCCUGAUGCCGUUGCGACCUGCACAGUCUGAGUGAGCUCGACGCCCACCACCAUCUCCUCCGGCGGCGCCCCACCUCAAAAAGGCCUCCUCUUUUUCUCUCUCUUCUCACUCCCCCUCAACCCAUUUCCUCCGCCGCCGCCGCCGCCGCAGCCCUCUCCCCCCCACUUCCCAACUCCCGAAGCGCCGCCGUGUCGAUGCCCACCAACGCGGCGGCGGCGGCCGCCACCGUCUUCCUCGCCGCAACCCUCGCCGUCUCCAUGGCCCUCCUCCCGCCACCGCCGUUCCUCUCUCCCACCACUGGUUUAACCGGCAAGCUGCUUCUUCUUCUUCUUCUUCUUAUUCUUAUUCUCUCUCUCUCUCUCUCUCUCUCUCUCUCUCUAUCUAUCUAUCUUCUAUCUAUCAAUCUAUCUAUCUAUCUAAGAUACCCUUUCCUUCGGUAACGUGAUCUCUUCUUCUCUCCUCAGGUCUGACCGCGAAGACGGCGCAGGUCAUCCUCUCUCUCUCUCUCUCUCUCUCUCUCUCGCUAUAUAUAUAUAUAUAUACCUUCUUUGCAGUGUGAUUACGUGGUGCUUCUCAUGCAGGGUUCACGUCGGGAGCCGCCGCAGCAGCAGCAGAUGACGACGGAUGGCGGCGGCGGAGAUAUGCCGUUGUCGCCGCUUGCCCCGUUGACUUCGGCGAAGAGGCAGGUCCCCACCGGAGCAGACCCCAUCCACCACAACCGGCGACCUCCGUCCCUCCGCCGCCGUCGUUUUCCCUGAGAAAGAGAAGGAAAAUGGCGGAGCUGCCGCCGCCUUUUCUUCAAACGUUUGACUUUUUGGAUCCAUAACCCGUCAUUUCUGCCGUUCUGUCCAUUAAAAUCUCUUCAUAUUAUCGUCGCCUUCGUCUUCGAGGCCUCCAUAUUUUCUCCAAGCUGUUCAUGGUGCUAGGGUUUCUCUUUCUGACGGUCUCGAGGAAGAAGACCCGUGAUGAUAUUGGGCCGUUAAUGGCCACAUGAGAGUGGGACUGCUUGCAUGGGCCCAAAUUGAGCAUACAACUGGGCCGGGUGAGGGCCUGUAAAUAGUUGUCUGCCCAAAAUUCCGGCCCAGUAUGAUGAAACAGAAUCUUGUAAGCGUUUGGUGACGCUGAGGGGGGAAGGGGUUGAAGUGAGGAAUUUUCCGGAACCCGAAUAUCUCCUGCGAAAUCUGAUUCGGCCCAUCUAAACGACCGACGUCCGUAUGUCUAUCUCAUCCAUUUUGAUCAGUGUCGGCUGUGAAUGCGACCCCUCUCUCUCUCUCUCUCUCUCUCUCUCUCUCUCUCUCUCUCUCUAUCUAUCUAUCUAUCUAUCUCCUCUCCCCCCUCCUCCAUCAGCUAAUAGGCUUUCAACUACGACCAACGACCGAUGAGUGAGAAAGUUGUAAUCGUAAAUGAUGAUAAUCCAUCAGGGUAGGCCCGUUGUGUUGUGUUUAUUGUGAUUAUCAGGUGAGAGAGAGAGAGAGAGAGAGAGAUGAUGCCGAGCCGGAUAAUCGUAUCAGUUACCAGGUUUUACGAACCAAACAGGAGAUUAUCGGUAUGGCGUUGACUAAGAAAGCCCCGACCUACCAAUCGAACGCUUCGCUUUCCGACACAAGAUACAAUUUCCCCUCUCUACAAGCAUACCACCUCUACAGGCGUACAGUCUGACUUUCACGCUCAUCCACAAGCGCCAUCUGACUUUUCCCCACAUUUAUCUCCGGCUUCCAGAAUGAGAGGCGCGCGUUUUUGAAGAGGUAAAUGUCAAAGCCACACUUGUGUCGAACCCCAGAACUCCUUUCACCAACGUCAAGGCCACGCGGGUCAAACAUCCUUCCUCCGGUGGACCCGCCACCGGCGGCACAAGAAGGAGAAGACUUCCGCCGCCGCCGAGAAGAGAGGCAAUGCAAGAGAGAGGAAGACGAUGGCAGAGAAAUCAGCGCUUUCGGUUAAUCAAAUGUGUCUAUUUUCCAUCUAUCCACGAAGAUUCUAUCUGCACAUCCCCCUUUUCUUCAGAAAAAGAGAGGCUUUGAUCUAUUUUUCCAGACAGAAUCUCCUCCUCCUCCCCCCCCCCACACACAACUGAAGGAGCAGCGACGAUGGCGACGCCUGUUAAUUCCUCUCCCCCUUGGCCAGCUUCAGUCCUGCCUCGGGCGAGCAACCCAGAGGGAGCUCAGAGCUCGGAGCCGGUGGAAGUACUCAGCAAUGGCGAGGAAGCACCGGGCGGCCUGGCGGAUGGUAAGGAUGUGGUGCAACCGGUGGAGCGUCUGCUGCCUCAGAUUAUCCGCCUACACCGCAGGUAAAUAUGAAAUAUCCGCGACUUUAGUCCACAUAGGAGAAAUAUAAUCUUAUAUUUCCAUAGUCUUCAAUCAUGUCGGAGGUCAAAGAGGAGAAACCCAUCUCGGAGAAGCCAUUGAAAUGCAGAACAGGAGAGGAUUUGGGUGGAUCAGAUCACCUGUCGGACGAAGCCUUCGAGGGUGGAGAGCUUGUUCAUGGCAACGGCCAUCUGACCCAUGUAGUUGGCCAUGUUGGAGGGGGCGCUAAGCUCGUCGGAGGCGAUGGUGUCGGAGAGCGACUGGUGGAGGGCCUCCAGGCCCUGGCUUAGGGCGUCCUCCGUCUCGUGGGUUGACGUUCUCAGCGCGUAGAUCGCCAGUAUCUGCUGCUCGGUCAACGGCUCUAUGUGGCUCACCAAAACCUGCACAUCAAGCAAACCAUCGACGGAAGAUUAACCAACCGGGUGCUCUGAAGAGAAACCUCUCUCUCUCUCUCUCUCUCUCUCUCUCUCUCUCUCUCUCUAUCCCACAGAAGACUCAGGAUGGGUCCGGCGACUCCCACCUGCUCCGUUCGCAACUACUGUUUCAGAGAAAAGGAUGGGACGGACGCAAGAGUCAACGCCCGGGAAACUACUGCCCAUUUCUACGGUUGAUUAUAUGGUCCAUGACGUCAUCUAGUUGACUUUACCUGAGGAGCACACAUCCUAGGAGUCCGAUAAGCUGAGCUCACCACGUGUACGGCCGGAUGGUAUUGGGCCAGAUUCCGCAGGAACCUCUGUGUGAACUACGGGAAGCUAAUCCCACUCUCGGGAUAUUUAUCAACACCACCUACUACACUUGCUGCUACGGAGUUUCUCUCUCCUGAUCGUUCCCACUUCCCUCGAUUUCGCCUCCGGCCAAGACGAAGGUCGUCGGAGGACGUUAGGGUUUUGACGAAAAGGGUGAAGGAAGGGAGCUUGUAGGAGAAGGAUGGAGAUUAGGGUCUCAGGGCAGACCUUGAUGAGGUCGGAGGGACGGAAGCCGCCCAACCACAUGAAGCAGCGCUCGGCGGGGGUCAACCACAUGCCGGAGACGAGGUGGAAGACGUCGGACUUGGCGGCGAUGGCCUUGAGAGCCAUCAGUUGGUCGAAGUGGCCGAGGCCGCCGUCGACGAACAUCUUUAGCUCCGUCUCCGGCAGAUGCUCCUGCACCGCCGCCCGCAGGUCGCACAUCAGCCGGUGGUGCUCGUCCAGCCACCUUGCGUACUCCAUGUCGAACAUCGCCGCUUCUGCGUUAAAACAUGUUACAGAUGUUACAUAUCAUCCCAUCUUCAGAGAGAGAGAGAGAGGAUUCUGGUUAGGGUUUGGGUUAGGGAAUUGCCUGAGCUGAUCACGCCGAUAGUCGACGGAGGGCCUUGCUCCCCCAGGACUCCGCCGGAGAAGAACCCGCCCUAGAAACCGAUCGAGGAAGGCUGCCGGAGUUAGCCCAAAGCAAAACAUGGAAAUAGGAUUUUAGAGGGAGAGAGAGAGAGAGAGAGAGAGAGAGAGAGAGAGAGAGAGAGAGGGAGCUCACCGGCGUCCUCGCCCUUUGCAGCUCCUGCUCCAGCUGAGUGAGCUUUAUCCUGCUGGACUCCAGCUGCUGGAUGUAAGCCUGCGGAGAGACCAAGAGAGAGAGAGAGGAAGAGAGAGAGAGAGAGAGAGAGAGAGAGGGAGAGGAGGAGGAUAAGACCACCAUGACGCCAUGGAUAUGGAGCUUUGUUCGUCGGAGGAUUGACUUACCUUCUUCCUGAGUCUACUCUUCCUCGCGGCCUCCCUGUUCUGAGCGAGCCUUCUGAGUGUCUAACCCACAGAUGACCCAAUCAGAUUACACAGAGCAGCUUGGGGCCCGGAGCGUCUGCUCCACGAAGAACAAAGUCGGCCUCUUUGCAGAGAAAUCAUUUGCUACCCCCCCCUCGGGGAAGAAAUGGCGGCUCACCUUUGGGUCCGGCGUCUUCGGGGUCUCGUGCUCCGAGCUCGACGUAGAGCCCUUCUUGCUCCCUUCUCUCUGAACCAGACAUUUUCCGUCGUCAUCGCCAUGGAAAGAGAUGGAGAUUACAUGGAUGAUGAGUAUGAAACGGGCUGAGAGAUAUGCAUGCCUUCAGUGAAGGCUUGACAUCCUUCCCUGGGUCGGAAGCGGAAGGAGGGUUCCCCGGCUCCAUUGCCGGUAGUGAUGAUCUCUUCGAUAGGCUUGACGCCGGCGAUGCUAUGCUCAGGCCGCCCUGGAAGCAGUCCGCUAGGUCAUGGAGAGCGGGGAUAGAGAGAGAGAGAGAGAGAGAGAGAGAGAGAGAGAGAGAAAUAGAAGAGAGAGAGAGUUGAAGUCUGCGUACCUUAGCGGACGGCUCUACAUGCAUAGGUUGGGAGGGGAAGAUGUUCAAAGUCUCUGCAUGUAGAAAUCAGUUAACGCGUUAAAUCUCCUGGGGCAUGCAACUGGUGCAACUAAGAGAGAGAGAGAGAUAGAAGAGAGAGAAAGAGAUAGAUAGAUAGAGAGAGAGAGAGAGAGAGGGAGAGUUCUUCGUCGGGCAACUGAGCCCUCGAGAGAGAAGAGGGUUAUUAAAAAGAGGAAGAAGAAAAUCAGAAAAGAGGAGAAGAGGAGAGAAGGAAAGGGAAAGGAUGAUCAGAAAUCCGGCCCGUACGGACCCUCGAGGAAAUGAUGAGGCUGCUGGAGAGCUUCUCUCACAUGGAGGCUGCACCAGAUAAAAUCCGGUCAAAACGCGGUACGAUGAGAUCUGUUCGCCAUGAUCUCCUCAUGACCCUCCCAAAAAAGUUUGACCGGGGAAGAAUCCCCCCCCCCCCCCCCAUGGCGGUCCAAACUCCUCCGAUCGAUCGUCCUCCAUAGAAACAGACGCAGGAAAACCGCAGGAAGAGACGCAAUUCGAAUGAUCCGAUUCAACUCACGUCUUUGCUCCCGACCGGCGGAUCGCUCCUGCCCCUCCAGAUAGAGAAACAAAGCCUGAUCAAGCUCUCCCAUGUCGUACCCUCCGGCGAAACCCGCCUUGUUCCUGCCACCAAAAACCCUCAUCAAGAACCCUAAAAAUCCUCUCCCUCUCCCUCUCCCCUCCUCGCCGGAAUAUUCCCCCCCUCGGAGACCAAUUCACCCCCUCCCGGGAGUCCCCCUUACAUCAUGUUACCGGCGCCGGCAGCGGAGGAGGAGGAGGAGGAGGGCUGAGCCCCCCCUCCGAAGGCGAUCUGCGGCGGCGGGUUGGGGCCCCCUCUGCUCACCAUGCGGCGGCGCCGCCUCCGAGAAGCUCCCUUCGUCCUCUCCCGGGCCCGUAGAAGAUGCCCAUCAACGGUGCAACCGACUUCUCCUAUUCCCUCCCAUCCCCACUCCUCUGCAACAGCAGAAAGGGAAGGCUGAAGACGAAGGGGGAGGAGGUUGAGGCAACGCCGUAUGGUGGGGACCAGAUAAGGCCGGCGGAGAAGCAGGGCUACCCCUGCCAAAUAGUACUUUAACUGUGCAACAGAACGCGGUAUUCUACAGCGGUUUUCUAAAUAUCUAAAUGACCAUUAUACCUCUUCAAACGUCGACACAUCUCGACGAGUAUUAAUAACUCUGGGGGAGUUGUGGUCAUUUCCUAUUGUUUUGUUGUUGACGUGUCCAUGACCUCGGCGGCGACGAGUCGCAGACCGACACGUGGACGGGUGGGUGUUCUCACUAGGUCAGCGCCACCAAACGGGCUUUCUGCCCGCCACGUCCCGUGUUUUCCCGCCGGCGGCCGCCACCGUCAGCUCCCGAGGGCGAGUCGGUGGAUCGUCACUCAGAUCGCUCUGGAGCCGUCUGAUUGGUGGACUCACUCUGAUCGAAUAUUCGAUAUGGAUGCCCUCGACAGGUCGCUGCCUCCCCAAAAUAUUUGGCGGCGUAGGUUGCUAAAUUUUACUUCCUAAAAUAUUUUUUAAAAAAGGAUGAAAAAGAUAGUCACUUGCGCUGAACCUCCCUACGAUUGAAAUUGUGAUUUGGGCUAUGUCUGUUGCCACGUGGAUCUCCGCAGGACGAACGGCCCUAGCCCAUGCCGCCUAGCUUGAUCUAAAGUCAUACCACUCCAUUCCCGUCAAAAAUAUUUUUAUAUAUGUUUUCAUGUAGAUUUUUUAAAUAAUAACCAAGUACAUUAAAUAUUUUAAUAAUAUAUCCAGUCAUUGCCCUGUUUUCUUAAGCUCGUGAUAUAUCAUAAAUGUUGCACCACCCACUUUUAUCUCUCUAGCCUCUCCCUCCCCUCCCCUCUCUCUCUCUCUCUCUCUUCAUAUAUAUAUAUAUGUUUGUGUGUGCAUUUAUACAACUUUUUUAGUAAAUAUAUAUCGUAAUUUUCUCUACAAAUUAUCCCCAUGCAGAAAAAAAAAAACAGAAUAAUAAAUGUUUUGAUACGGAAAAGCCGGGAUUGGUUGCACCACCCACUUUCAAUUCUCUAUUCUCUCUCUCUCUCUCUCUCUCUCUCUCUCUCUCUUCAUAUAUAUAUAUAUAUAGUUAGAUAUGUGUACAAUUUUUUAGUUAACAUAUAUCAUAGUUUCUUUGCUAAAAAUUAUCCCCAUGUACACAAAAUAAUAAGUGUUUUGGUACGGAAAAGUAGGGAUUGGUUGCCCACCUUAUACACCGUCCCUUUUAUAUUCCUGCGUAAUAUAAUAAUCAAGGCGUAAGUUAUUCCAAAUCCCAUCGUCAUUAUUAUUAGAGAACACCAGACCUGCUCUUACGCGGGGGGUUAGGUGCAUCAGACCGCACCAAAUUAUUUAUAAGGUUUCGUAAUUUAGAAGAUAAUAUGGUUUUCAGCAAUAAUUUUACAUAGUUGUCUUGAUACAACUGCCGCGUACUGUCCAUGCGUGUAGGAAAGAAAUGGAAUACGUCGAGGUUUCCUGCUCCUGUCUGAUCUGGCGAGCGCGAAAGUUUUCCCGCGUCAUGCCACGUCACAGGGGAGGGCGCGAAGCGUACCGCCGCCCACGUGUACAUCUCCCGAAAAUAAAUUUAAUUAAAGGCGUACUGAUUUUUGAAAUAGCGCACGUGAUAUUAUAGGCAGCCCAUUUUAGGCCCAAACAUCGUAGACAGCCCAAUAUCUAUAGCGCACGUGCAUCACAAUCAUGGCCUCGCACACUUACAACGGAUCUUUAUAUAGUGACGUGGAAAACAAAACAGGACAAUGACAAUAAAUUAGUCAACGAAUAGACAGUUUCGAUGUUCUACGUCCAAAUUGCGGUUCGAUCCACGUAAUUCAACGAGCAAGUGGUUUGAGACGACUGCGUCUCGACACGAAUAGUCUGACACGUACGCGACACUCCAAAAAUCGUUGACAUUUCUCACCGUUGACCUACCAUUACAUCAGUAGCUAUCUACGGUGCUCACGCCACCGCAUAAGAAAACCCCGGACAGUCAACGUCGGCUCAAUCUCCCCCGGGGGUGGGGCCCUUUUCUUUCGCCGCGUGUCGAGAUGUCGCCGCUCGUUGGUGGCCUGUCAAAUCUACGUCCUCCCGGUUGCACCGGCGACUACUGGCGGCUCCCGAAGAGAACAGCCGGUCAGCAAUGCAGUCCAGGUGCACCCCGCCCCCUGUCGGUCAGCACCUCCCCGUUGGAAGAGGAACUGACGUGUAUAUUCCAGUGCAAGUGGGCUCGCCGGUCAACUCCGACGAGAUGAUAAGGUCUCCAGAGUGCGAGAAGCUCUGGCGGCGGUAUGCCUCCCACCGCCACCGUCGCCGUCACCGUCACCGUCGUCGUCACCGUCACCGCCAGCGUCGUCGUCACCGUCGCCGUCACCGUCGCUGUCGCCGUCGCCGUCCCCGGCAGACGGUGAGCUUCUGUUGUUGAUCCUUUCUGGGCCGGCAGCCGAAAGGUCUCCUGAGUAGACGGCCCCUAUUUGUAUAUUUAUUUACCUUUUUUAAUUCCCCGCGAUGGCAAUCUGUCGGGGCAGGGAAUUUUUUUACUUUUUAAAGGAGAUAAAAAAGGGUUAGAGGAGCCGUCAAUCGUCGUCACCGGUGCUCGCGGCGACGGGCAACCCCGAUGGGCCGUUAAGCGGCCCAAAAAUAGAAGAUUUUCGGGCUUAUUGGGCUCACAGUAUCAGACUAUUCGGCCCAAAAUAGUAGAAGGUCGAUUUUCCUUAGCCCAGUCACUAGAUGGGCUGGAACUAUUUGGGAUUUCAUCCUAUUGGACUCUAAACCAACUUAUUAUUCUCAAUAAGGAUCCAAUAGCCGACAUAUUAUUGGGCCGGCUUAUCCAGACAGUUUUCGGCCGGUGAAAAGGGCAGACCCGUCUUGGACGGACGGUAAUUGGGCCGUAAGUGGUCUCGUCGCUGUUCGGAGUAGCGAGGGCUCAACAAGGGCGGGAGCGUCGAGGAGUUCUCGGUCCGGCCCAUUAAGGGAGGAAGAUCUAACGGUGUGGAUAUCGUCGGAAAUAAACGGUCCUCCUCCUGGCGAGGCUACAAUCCAACGGUGGGGAACCGUUGAUCGACGCUAGGGGUUCGAAAGCAGGGAAGUAUAAUAAGCGGCGGAGAGUUAGGGUUUGGGGUCUCGUCAUUUCUGCCGCUCCGCCUUCGAGCUCUCCUCAUCCGAAGCUGGUUCCGAUGGCGCCGACGAGGAAGCCGAGGGUCACCCGCAACCCUGAGCUCAUCAGGGGGAUCGGCAAGAUAUCCAAGUCGAAGAUGUACCAUAAGCGAGGGAUCUGGGCCAUCAAGGCCAAGAACGGCGGCGUGUUCCCCCGCCACGAGAAGAAGCCAGUGGAGGCGGUUCCUGCUGCGAAGCCCCCCAAGUUUUACCCCGCCGACGACAUCAAGAAGCCCCUCGUGAACAAGCGCAAGCCGAAGCCUACAAAGCUCAGGUACGGUGAUUAUCUUUUACAGUCUUCACAUGAGGAUAUUUUGUCCCAGUUGUAUUAUACACUAAUGUUCCUUUGGUUCUGAUUUUUCUUUCUGCUGUUUUGGAAAUCAGGGCCAGCAUCACUCCUGGAACUGUUCUGAUCCUUCUGGCUGGAAGGUUCAUGGGAAAGAGGGUGGUGUUCCUGAAGCAACUCCCGUCCGGAUUGCUUCUCGUGAGCGGUGAGCUAUAUUGACUUCCUCAAGCGCAAUGAAUUAUUGUCCUUUUUUUCGUUGUUGUGUUCCUAUUUCGACGGUAUUGGGUCAGCAUUUUCCUUAAAUGGAGUUCCCCCGCGACGGUUCAUCUAUGCUGUUGUUUAUGUUUUCAUUUUAUAACUUCAAGAAGAUCAUUGAAAAAUUUGAGCCAUUUUACGUGGUGUUUUAUGACGGAUCUGACGAGUUCCAUUCGAUCUUCCGAUGCCAAUGAGGCAAUCAUUUGAGAGGAAAGGCAGCUUCAACACUUUUACGUUAGUUUUAAAUAUAAAUUUGACAACUGUUUUCAUCUACUCAAAGCCCUGCUUUUAUUUCCUCUUUGCGGAUUUUGUUAGAACUAGUAAUGAUGAGCUCUUUUUUAGGAAACUAAUGAAGUCUUUGAGAUGAUUUCGCAGUGAUGCUUAGGUUUGUGAGAUAUCCAUACUUACCUUGGGCUGUUCUACUGUGCAUCUCCUGACGUGCAUUUGCCUUGAUUGGUAUCCUAAUCAGUGGCAUGAGGUGACUGCUGUAUGGGUGAUGCCAGCUACUCAGUUUCGUUACAUUCAAAUAACAUUUUUGGUCCAAGUUUUCUCAGUGAUGUGAAUCUUGAUGACGAGUCUGAGAAAUUCCAUUCGUUAUUAUGAUGUCAAUGAGACAUUUGUCUGAGAGGAAAGUCUAAUCCAAUACUUGCAUCCUUACCUUCUUUUUCUCUCUCGAAAUGAGAAUCUCUAGUGAUUUUUGUUUCAUAAUCUUCUUCGGAUGCUCAUAUCUCCCCAUGGAUGUCUCUUUCUUCCAAAUGAUUGAGCCAGUUCAUUUGAUGGUUUCAUGAUGACAUUUGAUUAGUGGGACGGCUUCCAGAUCAUAUUGCACAAUAUUUUCCCCAAUAUUUGGUAUUUUUUCAGUGUUUUUCGUUUUAAUGUGCUGGGGAUUUUGUGGCAAACAAAGAACUUAAAGAUCUCUGGGAGAAUCAAUAGUUGCUUCGUUGUUUUAUAUGUUUUGUGUUCAUUCUAAUGAUCUUACCGUGGUUGGCUUUUCUCAGUGAUGUUAACUUUGAUGACGAGUCUGAGAAAUUCCAUUCACUAUCAUGAUGUGAAUGAGGCAUUUGUCUGAGGGGAAAGUCAACCCCAUUUUCUUCUGUAUUUCUUACUAUUUUUGGCAAACGCGCCUUUCUAAUUUCUAAAGGUGUUUUGCUUCUUAUUCUUUCAUUUUCAAAUAGUAUUCAUGAUUUCUUAAUCUAAUUUUAUGAAUAAACGAUAUUUUUAAAUGAACCAAACGUUCUGUGAUUUCGUGAAUGAGGAAAGUCAGCCUUAUUUUAUUUUUUUGUUAAUUAAUAUUCGAUACCUCUAUUUUUAUUUCGGUGUUGACUUCUAAUAUCCUGCCAUUUACUUCGAAUAGUAUUGCUUUCUUAGUCUCUUUUGUUUUCUUAUACACUGUCCCUAUUUUAAUGAUAUUGCUUCAGAAAAAUUCUUACCCACCUUCUCAUUUUUCGACAGGCCCCUUCAAGGUCAACGGCGUCCCGCUUAGACGUGUCAACCAGGCCUACGUCAUCGGGACUUCCACAAAAGUUGACAUUUCCGGGGUCAACGUCGACAAGUUUGACGACAAGUACUUCUCCAAGGAGGUCCAGAGGCAGAAGAAGAAGAAGACAGAAGGAGAGUUCUUUGAGGCUGAGAAAAAGGUUCGCUUGAUCCAAAUCCAGACAAUUUAGUCAACUGUUUAUUUUACCAUCUUUACUCAUACCGGCUCUCGCUUUCUCUCUUUCUCUUUCUAAACGCAGGAAGCGAAGGCCUUGCCUCAGGAGAAGAAGGACGACCAGAAGGCCGUGGAUGCCCCGUUGAUAAAGGCGAUAGAGGGAGUCCCUGAGCUGAGGGCUUAUCUCGGUGCCAGGUUCUCGCUGAGGGCCGGAAUGAAGCCGCACGAGCUUGUUUUCUAGGGGGAUGCGUGCAUGCGGAGCACCGUUUAGACUAAAUUGUUCAGUUUUGCAUGAAGGAGACCAGCGUUUUCUCUCUAUCUCCUCUCUCUCUCUAUCUCUCUUACUGGUUUCAUAGUAUGUCAGGCCAUAGAGCACCGCUCUCCAGGAUUGAUCAUGAAAUCUCAUGCUAUUUUUUCCUUUUGGGUUCUGCUUAUGUGGGAUGGCAAUUCUCUCUCUUUCUCUCUCUCUCUCUAGUACUCUCUAGAGUGGAUCCGUUUUCAUAAUGUUCUGCUCUCUCUCUCUCGCCCUCUCUACCUCUAAAUAGACGCACAGGGAGAGUCGUCUACAACCUCUCCCCUUCUGGAUGGAAGCGGAUCCACACUCGAGAUUGGUGGAGAGACUGAUAGAGAGAGCCCUGAUGGAAGCGGCUCCACCCUCUGUUCCCUCGCCUUCUCUCUCUCUCUCUCUCUAGUCUCUGAGUAGGUUCGGCGAAGAAUGAGGCCAACCACCCCACUUACACUCGCGGCGAAAAGGUAAGAGCGGGAGUGACCUCGUGGAGAAGUUUAAUUCUUGGCCAGCAGGGCGCCGGGGCCUCUCACCAGCCCGCGGCCUCUGCCGCCGCCAGUGGGCACCUGCACACCAUGCUCAUCUAGAGAGAGAGAGAGAUGUGUUAGAGUGAGAGUAGAGAGGAAGUGUUAGAGAGAGAGAAAGGUUUUAGAGAGAAGGAAAGAGUUGCUAGAGAGAGAGAGAGAGGUGUUAGAGUGAGAGAAGGGAGGGAGUGUUAGAGAGAGAAGGUUUCAGAGAUAGAAGGAAAGAGUUGCUAGAGAGAAGAGAGAGGGAGGUGUUUGAGAGAGAAGAGAGGGAGUGUUAGAGAUAGGAGUUGCUAGCGAAAGAGAGAUGGAGAAAGGGAGAGGAGGAAGGAAAAACGUCAGUGGAGCAGUGGGAUGAUUGAAAGGGAGCGGGUAGUGCCCGCCAGCCCUCCCUCUCCAUCUAUUUAUCUCUCUAUUUCUCGUGAUUAACUUCCUGAAAACCAUCAAUCCCAUCGAUCAAACACCCAGUUCACGAAGGCAGCCCCCCCGCCAUAAUCGCUUCACACCUCGUCAGCUCUACCCUUUACAGAUCAACUGGUGGGUCGAGCCUGCGGGAAAUGCUCCUCAUAUCAUAAUACCUCCCCCCCCCCCAUCUCUCUCUCUCUCUCUAGAGGCCGCUUUAAAAGGCCCAGGUGAGAGAAAAUGCAGAGAGAGAGAGAGAGAGAGAUGGACGAGUCAUGGAGGGUACCCAUCGGAUUGGUGGUUCCUACCCGGAGGAGGUACCCGGAGCAGACAACGGAGCUUGGCGGCGGCCUGGACGCCGAGGACUUCCUCGACGUCUUCGGGGGGCCGCCGCCGACUUUUCUCCGCCGCCAGUUCUCAGGCGGCGGCGGUCUUACGUACACCAGCUUUUCUUCCCCCACUUCUUCCUACGGGCUCCACCAUUCUCCCUCCUUCUACGAUGAAGUGUUCCGACAGCCGCCGUUGACCCCCCCCCCGCAGGCCACCAAGGCCGGCCGGAGGCUGCCGGACUUCACCAUUCCCUCCGCCGUCGAAGUCAACUGCAAGUCGGCGUCGGAAGUCUGCGCCGACGACGACGGCGGCCUCUCCUCCUUCAUGUGCAAGCUUAGGUGGGCCGCUCGAUGCCACCGCAUUUGAUGAUAAAAAUGGAUAAAAAAAACGAUGGGUUUCCAUAAAAAUUCGAUCUUUUUGAAAAAAUGUCGUGGGUUCUGAUUUUUUUUGUACUACUUUCCGCAGACCCAUCGCCGUCCCAGCUCGGAGGGGAGACUGGGCAUCGCCGCCAUCGACGGGCGGCAGCGGCGGCCGGAGCUCCGCCGCCCCAUGCACUCACCUCUGCUUCACGCACCGCCGCCCCGUAGGCUGUGCCGCCGCGGUGAGGGUUUUCGAUGCCUGCGUCCGCCUCUUCCGCCACCACCCCUCGCCGGAGACGGCGGCGGAUUGGCGAAGCUGCGCCGCCGAGGAAGAGUCCCUCGCCGAUGGUGGCAACUCCCCCUUCUCUGUGAUUUCCUCUGUCUACGACAUCCCAAUGGCGACGAUAAGGCCAGUAAUGCCCCACGAGGCAGCUGCGCUGGGGGGUUUCGCGGCGGCGGCGGAGGAGGAAGAGCAGGCGGCGGGGAGGUCGUACGUGAUUGAGGUCAGCAGCGGCGGAGAGGCGGCGGGGGCCGAAUGGUGGGCAGCGGCGUUGGACGACGCCAUCGCCUGGGCGAAGGAGAAAUCCCGGGGUUGACCGAUCGCCGCCGCCUCUAUACUUCUCAAAUAUAUGAACUUAAGUUUGAGGCCGAUGUUUACAAAGCUUGAGUCUCAAAUUCAGCUCCACUUAAAAAGCAUCGUAAUUUUUCUUGGUCAACUCUUCUCUGGGAUGAGUCGUUGACUCCCUUCACUUGUGCUGGACGAUGUGAUGAUGGCCUGCCACAUCAGCCGGGUCAACGCAGGCUGAUGAUCGGUGGGUUGAAGAUGGGUUCAGACCGAACCCAGAUGGGCAAUUUGCUCUACUCUUUCAUCAAUUAGGUUGUUCGAUCGCCAUAUUAAAAAGUUGGAUCUGACCUAAACAAGAAUUUCUGAAAACUAUAAACCCAAGUUUGACCCUCAAGUUCAAGCCCAAUUAAAGGUCAGAUCAUCUUAUUUUUCUUCGGAUGAAGGAAGCAUGCAGUCUGUUUUCCAAGUCAACCUCUCUCUCUCUCUAGAAUACGUGGUACCUCCAAAGGGGGACGGUCUCAACCUGAACACAGGUGAGGGGCAACCUCCUAAUCAACGCAUUAUAUCUGAUUGGGUUUGAUCUGAGAUUUCAUCUCGUUAUCACUCAAAUAAUUUUGGCUUCAGCCAGGAAAACUUAUCAUCAGCUUGUCAUAUAGGGUUAAUCCCUGUUAUGUGAUCAAAAUAAUUAUUUUUCAAAAAUGUAUGAACCUAGGUUUGACCUCGGAAUUCAAGUUUAAUUAAAAGCAUCCUAAUCUUCUUUACAUAACGGGAGAAUGCAGCUAGUUGACUCUCUCUCUCUCUCUCUAAGAUGGGUUUAUGUAAAUAGAGUCAAACCGGUGGCAUCGCAAUGGGAGAUGGGCUCAAAAUUCACACAACCAAUGGGUCAACCCCCUUCAGAUGGUCUGGACUGGCCAUGAGCGGGGGAUCGCCACAUCAGCUGGGUCACCAUGGGUUAAGAACUAGGGUGGGCAGCCGGUGGGGCCCACCAGUCAACGGCUAUGGGCGGGUCGGUGCAAUGGGCUGGGUAGAGGUGGCCCACCAGAAGCUAACGGAGAAGCUGGGUGUUAGGGAUCUCACGUAGUGCCACCACUUGGGAGGGAUGUAGAGCGCCUCGCCUUCCUCCAAGAUGCAGUCCACAAACUGGAGGGCCUGAACAUUUGGGAACCUCUGUGGGUCAACGUCGUCAAGAUCCACCUGCAGGCACACGACUGUCUCAGAGGCUCAUUUCUGUUCCCUCCCCACCGAUGGUUGGGGAUAGUUUUAUGAGAUGGAAUUCCAGAUAUGUGUGUGUGUAUGUGUGAGAGAGAGAGGAGAGAGAGGAGAGAGAGAGAGAGAGAGAGGUACCUGGCUGGAAUUGCUUAGCAUUGUCUCCGUAUAAGGGUACAGCUCAGCAGAAAUGGAAGCCGGAUAAAGCCUUACAUACUUCCUUCCAACGACCUGAAAAUUUUCAAAUCCAUAACGUCAAAGAAAUCAGCAACCACAGGUAGGUCCUCCAGCAUAGAAAUUCAACCAAGUAAAUAAAUAAAAAUUAGGAAAUUUAAAUGGAGAUCACAUGCUCUGACCUCAGUUGCUAUUAUCCGCUUUAAUCUCAACAAAAUAGAUACCUACUUCUACAUCUGGGCAUGAUUUUAAUCACAUAAUUGGCGGUAUGGGACUAUUUUAAUCAAACUACCUAUGAAGAAGAUUAUGUACCUGGGCAAGAAGAUUAUGAUGCGGAUCGUGAUGCAAAGGAGUCACAGUCCCAGCAGGACCAAACCAAGCAUUGAUAGACUGGAUCUCGCCUCCGCCAGUGAAACAGUAAUCGGGAACCAUUAUGUCAUUUCUCAGCUCUUGGACCUGAAAAUAUCACCAAACUCGUAACCAACAGCGAUGAGCGCAGUGACUGGAUUUGUACUGGGCCCCACUUUCGGGAGGAGGGGACACAUGGGCACAGAGGAAUUCCUACGUGGCAGAGGAGCAGAGUUGGCCUACUCAGGUAUGCUUCAGGUAAGGCUUUCUGGUCUACAACGAGCUGGUGUGGGCAGGACUAGGAGCUUCAAUCAAGAGAAGCUAGGAGGACAAGGAUGACGAUACCUGUUCAAAUAAUGGGUGUUGUGCGAGGUAUGUGAGGUUCGCCUUACAGCUCUCUGAAGAUAGGAUCCUCUCGAGAAACUCAGAGAAAGUGAUAAGCUCUUGUUUCCACUCAUCGGAUAAGUAAUUCUUUCCAACCUGCAACACACAAGAAACUUACAGUUUCUGAUCCUGAGCUUUCAAACGAAGAGCGAUUUCCACAGCACAUAAGAACUCUGUGAUGAUGCUAUUACUUUUCUUUUUUGAGUAACAUCAGGCUUACUGCAUAAAAUAUGUAGCAUUCUUUCAUAAAUAUGCAUGAAAUCAGCACUUAUACUGAAUAAAAAAUAAAAAUGCAACUUAUGUAACGCAACAUAUAUGAGAUAUCAUUUAUAUAAUAUAUAUAUAUAUAUUAUGUCGCUGGAAGACAAUAGAAAUGAAUCAUUAAUGCACUUUUACACUGAAUGGAUAAAUGCAAGGGUUAACUUACUAAGUGUGAUGACCUUUGAAGAAAAAUUACCCAUUUUGUGCGUCAAAGGUUGACAGUACUACAAGCAUCGAGGACAUAACACUUGAAAGCCCAUCAAACCAUGUCUUAUGGCUUUUUCCAUCGCCCCUGACUCAAGAUGAUAAGUUGCAAUCAGGUAAAAAAUGGGUCUAAAAUGGUGAGCGUUGAAUUGCUCCUCUCUUGCACCAGGUAGGUUUAUUCACCGCCCAUCAAACAACCCACUUAUGGCUUACCAUUUUCAGGCUUUACAGAAAUUAGUCAACCACGUUACAGUAUUCUAAGAUUCUAAGAGGACAGAAGGACAACUUGCUGAUGGCCAAAAGCAAAAUCUUCACAAAAAAACACCACAAGAAAAUAUAAAAAAAAUGAAGGAAAGGCUGGUCACCUCAACAGGAACUGUUCUAUCACCAGCAACCUGCUUUAGAUAUCUAAUGUCUUUCCACUUUGUCCGAGCAGGCCAGUGGUCAAUGCAUCCAGUGAUUAUAACCGGAGAUCCCAGUAGAAAAUGGUCACAAAGAAACCUCUCCAUAGAGAGGGAAACCUGUCUGUCGACCAUUCUAGAGGACAAUGAUCCAGAUGGGAGGACCUGAAGCACCUAUGAAUCAACAAUACAAUCAUCAUUAGCAUGGAGGUAAACAAUUAUUUUACACUACAACAUCCGAUAAUUAGACCAUUAAACUAAUCUAUUGUCGGCCACACCUCAACACCACACUUUCUUACUACUUUCUCAUGAAAAAUAAUGGAUUGAGACUCGCAUAUACAUCAAAUGGCCGAAUUCUUAGCCUGCUUUCAAAGUGAGUUUCAAAAAGACCCUGACAAUAGGUCCCUUGAUGUUUGUUCCGUACCUAGUUACCUGCUCUUGAAAAACACUCAAGUGCAUAGCAAAUAUAACAAGUUGUAUGUUUGUGUCCUAAAAGAGGUACUGCAUGAUCACUGUCUGCUUGAGAAAUAAGGUUCAACUUUUAAGUCAUGCAAUAAGAGGAAGUGCUCCUAUUUUCAUGAAAAAAUUAAUUCUAAAAGACAAACAGAUGACAGACUGGAGAAAGCUGAGGACGGAAUUAAGUCAUUGCGCUCCUUACGGAGUGAUCAAUAGACACAGUACACUCUUCAUAAGAACCCAUUUGUGAAUGGACGUGAUGGACACGAACUUGUGAGAAAUUUGAAUCACAUUAUUUGGUUUUCUCAAAUGGUUGACUUUUUAACUCUCAACUAAGAAUGGACAGGGAAGAACAUACAAUGUAGCAAUGAAUGGAACAAUGAGCAUGAUGUUCACCUCAGAUAAAAAUGCCAAGAAGCAUAAAGUUUUAAAUCUUCAAAACCAAUGUAGGUGAAGAGUUUGGUUUUUCUCAUAUUAAGAUAAAGAGAUUUCCUUGAGGAAUAGGAUUGAUAUACAGUCAACGUAAGAUUUAAUGGUCGCACUGGUUUUUUAUAUACUGUUCUAAUAUUAAGAUAAGGAGAUUUCCUUGAGGAAUAGGAGUGAUAUGGAGACAAGGUAAGAUUUAAUGGUCGUACUCCUUUUUUACAUACCUUUGACUUUCAUUGCUUAUCCGUCCAUGAUUUUAUUUCCUCAUAAUAAUAAUGGGAUUGAUUACAAGAAGUAACGAAAUACAUCAGAUUUACAGUAGCCCCAGAUGAAAUCUCCAGCAGGUCUAUAGUUGACUUAAUUGCUCAUCCAUCUACAACUAAUAAGAGGUCCACAAGAAGUUAGUGAGGAGAUCAGCCGAAAGAUACCGACUCAUAUUGUUAACCAACCAAUGAGGUUCUAAUGAUUCUAAUGAUGGAGAUAUGGUUAUCGUCUAGUCUGGAUGAAGCCCUUCUGGAUUUCUAUGGUUAUUGAUGUGGCAUGAUGUGGGAUGAGCUCAAGAUGCAAUCACAUUGGCGCCUUGAUUUCUUCACAAAUUCUGGAGAUUCAUGCGUUUGGUUUGGUUCUACAACUUUAUAUGGAUGAAAUAGGAUCGGACGAGCAAUGGUGUCGAAAUGUUUACGAUCUUUAACCUAUCAUAGGUAGAUUGUAACAAUAGAAAGAAGUUCACCACUGAAUCGAUACGGCUAGACCUAAAAGAAUAUGGAAAAAAUGAUAAUUUUCGAAGAAUAACCACUCUAAAUUUACCUCGGAUUGGUUCUGGCCUUUCACAUCGUCAACUCCCAGACGCAGCUCACUUACGGAUGCCUCGCCGCUCGAUCUCUCUUCCCCCUGGGACCUUCCUACAAUCUUCCUCACUGCUUCCUCGAGAUCCUUUCGAAGGAGCAUACCUCCCAUGAUCAGGCCCAUGUCGAGGAUCUUCAGAGCCUCCUGGAACUCGCCGGCCGCGGCGUGGAACCCAGCUGCGAGGAGGCACGUCAGGGCAUAGGCGUCCCUCCACGCCGGGACGACGCUGUGCCAGGGGCCGGAGUGGAGCUGCUCCCACGCCAUCUCCCUCGCGGCCUCCGCCGCCGUGAGGUCUCCUCCCGCCGCCUUCUCCGCUGAGCUCACGAAGGCGAAUCCCCCCUCUUCCGAUAUCCUCUGCAGCAGCCCCGCCACCGGCUCCGACUCCAGCGGCGGCACCGCCACUUUGA